UGUUAGCUUCUUGUUUCUCUAUUUUCUACCUAGGUUUCAGUUUUUCACUUGGGUUUGUUUCCCCUUUGUCUCUGGUUCAGCUUCCUUUUCCUGUUUGGUUUUAAGUAGGCUAUAAAAAUCAAGUUGCUGUCUUCAGAGGGUCUAUGGUCCUCUGAUCAACGUAGCCUGGUGGGAGUGAGUACAGGACUCGCCUCCUCAGGGUUCCCUGUGCUGCCACUUUUCAGCCAUGGCCACAAGUGAACAGAGUAUCUGCCAAGCCCGGGCUUCCGUGAUGGUCUACGAUGACACCAGUAAGAAAUGGGUACCAAUCAAACCUGGCCAGCAGGGAUUCAGCCGGAUCAACAUCUACCACAACACUGCCAGCAACACCUUCAGAGUCGUUGGAGUCAAGCUGCAGGAUCAGCAGGUUGUGAUCAAUUAUUCAAUCGUGAAAGGGCUGAAGUACAAUCAGGCCACACCAACCUUCCACCAGUGGCGAGAUGCCCGCCAGGUCUACGGCUUAAACUUUGCAAGUAAAGAAGAGGCGACCACGUUCUCCAAUGCAAUGCUGUUUGCCCUGAACAUCAUGAAUUCCCAAGAAGGAGGCCCAUCCAGCCAGCGUCAGGUGCAGAAUGGCCCCUCUCCUGAUGAGAUGGACAUCCAGAGAAGACAAGUGAUGGAGCAGCACCAGCAGCAGCGUCAGGAAUCUCUAGAAAGAAGAACCUCGGCCACAGGGCCCAUCCUCCCACCAGGGCAUCCCUCAUCUGCAGCCAGCGCCCCCAUCUCAUGUAGUGGGCCUCCACCGCCACCCCCACCCCCAGUCCCACCUCCACCCACGGGGGCUACCCCACCUCCCCCACCCCCACUGCCAGCCGGAGCCCAGGGGUCCAGCCACGACGAGAGCUCCAUGUCAGGACUGGCCGCUGCCAUAGCUGGGGCCAAGCUGAGAAGAGUCCAACGGCCAGAAGAUGCAUCUGGAGGCUCCAGUCCCAGUGGGACCUCAAAGUCCGAUGCCAACCGGGCAAGCAGCGGGGGUGGCGGAGGAGGCCUCAUGGAGGAAAUGAACAAACUGCUGGCCAAGAGGAGAAAAGCAGCCUCCCAGUCAGACAAGCCAGCUGAGAAGAAGGAAGAUGAAAGCCAAACGGAAGAUCCUAGUACCUCCCCCUCUCCAGGGACCCGAGCAGCCAGCCAGCCACCUAACUCCUCAGAGGCUGGCCGGAAGCCCUGGGAGCGGAGCAACUCGGUGGAGAAGCCUGUGUCCUCGAUUCUGUCCAGAACCCCGUCUGUGGCAAAGAGCCCCGAAGCUAAGAGCCCCCUUCAGUCGCAGCCUCACUCUAGGAUGAAGCCUGCUGGGAGCGUGAAUGACAUGGCCCUGGAUGCCUUCGACUUGGACCGGAUGAAGCAGGAGAUCCUAGAGGAGGUGGUGAGAGAGCUCCACAAGGUGAAAGAGGAGAUCAUCGACGCCAUCAGGCAGGAGCUGAGUGGGAUCAGCACCACGUAAGGGGCCGGCCUUGCUGCACUGAUUCGUCGAGCCCAUCCGGCGACAGAGGACAGCCAGGAGCCCAGCCAGCCCCAGACUCCAGUGCACCAGAGCACGCACAGGAGCCUGGGCGCGCUGCUGUGAAACGUCCUGACCUGUGAUCACACAUGACAGUGAGGAAACCAAGUGCAACUCCCGGGUUUUUUUAGAUUCUACCUGACACAGAACACCAGGUCUGCUCGUCUUUUCUGUGUUUUAUAUUUGCUUAUUUAAGGUACAUUUCUUUGGGUUUCUAGAGAGACACCCCUAAGUCACCUGCUUCAUUAGACGGUUUCCAGGUUUUCUCCCAGGUGACGCUGUUAGCGCCUCAGCUGGCAGUGACAGCCGGCCCGGCGUGGCGCCACCACGCACCGCAGAGCUGUCCAGGCACAGCUCCGUCCCCAGCGCUCAUGGUGUUGAAACUGUCUGUCAUGCACCACGGUGUCUGUGUCCACACAGUAAUAAACGGUUUACUGUCCGCA